AAUGUAUAAAAAUCAUAAGAAUUACUUUUUUAACGGCUCCAAAAUUAAACGAAUUCUAUCAAGCGAUUGACUAAAAUAUAAGAAACACCAGUAUUUGUGGUUACAAAAAACGUGUAUCUAAUGUUUUAAAAAAAAUCUGGUUAUUGUUCACUUUUACUUUGUUGAAAUCUGACCAUGUUGUCAAUAAAUUGUUUGUUUAAGAAGCUCGUGUACUGGCGCCUGUUUGUAGAGUAGAUAUGAGGGAAGACUGUGAAGACGCAAAAGAAUAAAUCUCUGUUGUCGUCAGAAGGUUGGGCGAAUUAAAAACAAGACAAACAAAAAGUAUACAAACGGAGUUAAAAAUUACUGGUGUGUUUUGCCAUGGUUAGAGUUUACAUUCUGUCUGUCCUGUUGGUUUUGUGCUGCGUUAAUUCUUCAUUAGAAAGAGUUUAUGACGCGGAGGAAACAUCCGAAGGGGAUUAUGUUACCGUUCUCCACCGUAAAGAUAUCAAGCAAGGAUUUACGCCACCUCGAAAUGUGAGAACAAAACGAGACACUUGGAAAGUUGUGAAGAAAGUCAACAUUUCAACUCAUGUCUUUAAGAGUGACUCAAAUAACGUGGCUUUUGUGUUUUGGAAACACUCGAAAUCCAAAGUUAUUUUUAUUAUCACUUGCAAUAGCGCAAACACGACAAACUAUAACAAGUUGAGUAACAAAGGAUGCAACAGUCGGAGUAAUUUUUAUCGCUCGGACAACAGCGGACAAACGUUCAACUUGGAAACGAGAUUUAAGGAUGCGCAUAUUCAUAGCAUCUUUCUUUCACCACUGGAUACAAAAUUUAUCAUUUUAACAGAUUUUAAAAAUCGUACUAUCUAUACAACAAAAGAUGAAGGCAUUACGUAUAAAAAACACUCUGUGUCGUUCUCCCCAACUUUCAUUUAUUUUCAUCCCAGUUUAAAAAACUUGAUUGCAGCGUUCGAUAGCACUCAAAAAGGAGAUAACUCUCUUUAUGUGAGUGAAAAUUACGGUCAAACAUGGAAGCUUGUCUCAAAACGCGUCCGGAAUUAUUUUUGGGCCCAAGCUGGGUAUGAUAAAGAUCUUACAACUCUCCACAUAGAGAUUGCUUCGGGAAAACAGAUUGAGAAUUUAAAAAUCAGCUCUAUCCUAGCCCUCAGCUCCACCCCAUACAACAAAACAAUUAAAGCUUACAAGAACUUUUUGGAACCUUUCUCUCUUUACAUCAACCAGGAAUUUAUAAUUGUGCAAGAAUCGUCGAACAAGAAAUUAUAUGUAUCGGCAAAUAGAGGACCAUUUGUUAUGAUGAAGUUAAGAACGGAAUUUAAAAAUCACCUUCAUCAUGUAAUAUUUAACAGUAAAGAAAACGAAAUUUUAUUGGGUGUUAUUCAUCCUGACCAGACAGCAACUUUGUACAUAUCUGACAGCACUGGUGAGUUAUUGACCAUGCUCCAAACGAACAUUAUGACUGAAAAAAUGACACGGACAGGAUUUGUUCCAAAAAUUGACUUCUACCAAGUAAAAGGAUUGAGGGGUACUUACAUCAUUAAUAAGAAAGGAAAUGGGACUUUGAUCACGUUUGAUAAGGGUCAUGCGUGGGAUUAUCUUACAUAUAAUUUAAAACAGAAAUUUUCGUGUAAGAAGCACUGUGAUUUGAUACUGUACAUUAAAAUUGACAGUUACUAUAGUGAUUAUACCGCACCGCUAUUGAGUAAAGAUAGUGCACCAGGAAUCAUCAUAGCGCAGGGUUAUAUUGGAAAUUUGAAUGAAAUGAACCGUGAAAUUAAUAACCGGCAUCAAGUUUUUAUAUCAGUUGAUGGUGGCCAUUAUUGGACAAGAUCACUUGACACUUCCAAUGGUUACGCAAUAUUGAACCAUGGGGGGAUGAUUGCUGCCACACCUUUAACAUUUACUAUAGAUCACGAUGUAAAGUUUACUUUGGAUUAUGCUGAUACUUGGAUCACUGUCCCUUUUACUAAGCUUUAUUCUCGAAUUUCAGCUAUCAUUACUGACUCGACAGCAAAAAGUUUAAUAAUAAACGUGUUUGGGUUUCUCCAAGAUCAAACAGAGGACCUGGAUGUUCCUGCAAACACUUGGGUUGUUUGGAGCUUCGAUUUCUCAUCUUAUUUUCACAGACUGUGUGAUACUAGCGAUUUUUUUGGGUUUGAUCAUAAUAAAGGAAAAUGUGUGAUGGGAGAGACAGUUAGUAAUGAGAGGCGCAAUGCUGAUAAAAAAUGUAUCAUUAGUCCUACAUUUACUACUCAUUUCACACGCAAGUCUUGUCCGUGCACGAAAAACGAUUACAAUUGUGAUACCCUGUAUAAUCAAGUUCGAAACAAAGAUGGUAGCUUUGGUUGUACGCCGAUUAAUGCUAAUCACACUACAAGUUUGUCAGGCUGUAAAGAGGGCGGCAGUUAUUUAAAAACAAAAGGUUUUCGAAAGUUAAAUGGUAAUAAAUGUUCAGGAGGUAUUGAUUUGAAUCCAAAAAAAGUAAAAUGUCCGGUAGCGCCGCCGGAAUUGAUUCGGAUUGAUGUCCCAACUGGUACGCAAAAUACGGUUUCGACUCCGGUACAAUUUAAAAUAGUUCAGACUCGAGGAUUUUACAAAACGCAAUAUUACUGGGAUUUUGGUGACGGUCUAAAUGGUAGAAAAGGAAACUAUAGUCAAGUAAAAGAUGUAUUAAGAGUGUUUUAUCGUCAUGGUCAUUACAAAGUGACGCUUUAUGCAGUUAACAGCGCUGGGAACAAUUCAGUUAGCGUUGAUAUUGUUAUUCUUGACGAAUUCUUUAUGAAAGAUCCAUACAUACACUACAACGAUCCUGUAAUCGUGAAUACGGAUUCAUCCUAUAGUCUCGAAACAAUUGAGGAGGAUGGCACGUCAAAGAAAAUCGAGAACUUGAAAUCAGCAUUUUAUAUUUGGGCAUUUGGUGGUGCUGUACUGGGUGGUAAACAAGCAAGUGUAGUUUCAUAUUCGUUUCCUGAAACGGGAGUAUACCGGAUUGAAGUUUCGAUAAUUACACCGGUCAGUCACAAAACUGUAACAUCGGUAGUAGCCGUCUAUUACGAUGCUAUAACAUUUAAUGUUAGAUUUUCUUCGAAGCUUGAUUAUUACAAUACAGAAACUGAAGCAUGGGUUAUAAAUUUUUCUUACAAAUUUAAAAUGUUUUUAGCCAUUAAGUAUGAUAUACACGAUACUGAGAGAAUUAUUGUUAAAACAGAGCCAAAGAAGCCAACAAGAGUCCAAGUUAUUUUAACUGAUCGCGAAACGACAGCAAAUGUCCCUGAUAAGAGCGCUACAUACUUUGCUAACAAAAUCAUAAAUGAUAUAAAUGAGAAUCGGCCAUUACUUCACGAGUACGCAGCACGUGAUAUUCACGUGUUAUCUGCGAGUCUGGGUAAGAGAUGGCAACAAAUAAAAGAAAAGAAGAAAGAAACAAAAGAAGGAAAUGCAUGGGUAUACAUUUUAGUGACAUUGAUUGUGUUAUUUGUACUGGGAAUAUUAAUUGCACUCUAUCAAUUCCAUAAAAAAGGAAAACUUUUCUUUUGGAGACACGACGACGGAAUGGAAAGUAAAUUGUUUUCCGACGUUGACGAUGACUGUGUCGGAAUGGAAAGCGACAACGUCGAAGCGUAAAAAAUUUUUGUUAUGAUGACGUUGUCGUGGCGAAAAUGUUGGCAUUACAAAUUUAUGCGGGAGAAAUUUUUGAAACAGAGCUCAUGUAGGUUUUGUGAUAAACCUAAAAAAACAGAAAAAAAACAAGCAAAGAAAUAUUUAUUUUAAUGAUGUAAGGUGAAAAUGGUGACAGACUCCCUUAUAAUAAUUCGCAUUUUAAAGUUUUAAAUAUUUUAUGGUAUUUGCUGUUUUCUUAUGCGAGUUUUGUCGUGCGUUGUAUAUCUUUCUAUGACGUCUCCGAGUUUUGAAUAAUUCGUCUCCGCGUUCCGAAUACUUAUCUUAAACAAAUUGUCAAAUAUUUAGCUUCUGAUUGAGUAACUGUCAUUCAGCACAUGUCCAUUGCAUUGCUACAAGACACUAAGAAAAUGUAGACCUUUUUCAAUUUUUUUCAUUUCUUAUAUCCUUUGAUGUGCCCGCAUCUAACGUAUUUUUAUUUUACGAGUUGACAAAAUGUUUUUUCAAUAAUUCUUUCCCGAACUAGAGGAAAUAGUUACAAUAAUUUUCGUAAAUUGCUUCUUUUCUAAGAAAUAGUAAUUUCUACACAGUCUCGUGUCUUUGUUUUCUUCCUACCCAUGCUGUUAGCGCUUUGUUAAAUGUUUAUAAUUUUAUAAUGAACUAAUAGAAAAACUUUGAUCAUCGAAAGAUCAGCUUUUACUUAGUUGAUUGAAUUGAGAAAACUUUUUGUGUCGAGAGAACGGACUACUGAAAUUAAAUUGAUCGAAAACAAAAAUAACUAUCGAGUUAUUUAAGAGUAAAACACACUAUGAAUAAUAUUUUGUAUACAUUUUUAACUCGCAAAUAUACUCGAUCACUCAAACAUCAUUCUGGGUUAACUUCUAAAACGUCUGAAAGUCUGAGUUUUUAGGGCCUUUGUAUAUCAAUCAAACAAGGUACGUACUCUACGUAAUGAAGCAUGCAAAAUCUCACUAAAUUAUACAUAUGACGUCAAAUUUUAAAUGUUGUAGAAAUUUUGAUAACAAUUUGAUAUUAUAUAUUUUUUAAGGUUGAUAAUAUAUGUUAUUUCCUGAAGAAUUGUAUUAAAAACCAUUUGUAACAUUUUGGAAACUGUAUCAGUUAGAAACAUAUCAGAAAUUUUGGCAAUCUUAUGCCUCCCGAAUACGAAAAUUUAUUCCCCUUAAUUAUUCUUUCCUAUUAUUACCGUGUUUUACAGCAAAAGCUUGAAAUAUGGAUGAAGUUUGCCUCUGCUAUCUUUAUCUUGCGCCUAACGGGUAACUCGAACUAUUAUUCACGUGAACCAUUUUCUAGGGUCUCUUGAACUUUCGUUAAUACUUUCUUAUAAAUAACUCCGUUUAACUCGACCCAUUUUUUUGUCUCUGGUACUCUUUACUAUAGAUAGUCAGAUUUUAAUUUUUUAGUUUUAUAACUCUUAAUGUAUCAUAGGUAGAUAAUGUUGUCUGUCACGGAAAACUUCAAUUUACUUUAAAAAUUUAAAAGGGACAUGCAUGCCUUUUUCAUCGCCAAUCUUUCCAGGCAACUGUUGUUCCUCCUCUUGAAAACAAUCGCUUUAACUCGAACUAUAGUCUCAUUUUAGACUAAAUUCAACUUAACAGAACCUUUGUUCAACUCGAACAUUCCCUCAGUACCUUGUAGCUUGGAGAUCCGAGUUAAUAUGUGUUAAUUGUAUUAUCGAAAUGAUAAUCGUUCCGGUAAUUGAAGAAAGAUAUAAUUCUUUUUCUUUUUUUGACUCGAUUAUUACAUGAAUCCCGACGCACAUUUGAAA